UCACUGCUGUGCUGCCUGCUUCAUCAUCAACGAACUUGAUAGAUUCAUUGAACCAUAUAAUUGAUUGAUUGAUUGAUUCAUUGAUGUUUCCAAUAUUUAAAUUCUCUGUACUAGCUACUGGAGUAGGAGAAAAAAGGAUAACUCUCCUCCGACUAUGACAACAAUGCUUUACAAGCGUAUAGUUCAAGCAGUUAAGGGGCUAAGAUUGAGAUCAGGUUGUCCUAAAACGAAUGGCAUUGGGAGAUCACAUAUUGCUCCUGAAAUGAAUCCAUCUGAAUCAUUCCUUGAACAAGAAGAAGAAGAAGAUAGCAAAUGGUCAAAUUUGCCACCAGAGCUUUUGCUUGAUAUAAUCCAACGAGUAGAAGCCGAUCAGAUUGAUUGGCCUUCAAGGCGGGACGUUAUUGUCUGCGCCUCUGUUUGCAAGUCAUGGAGAGAAUGCACCAUGGAAACUGUUCAGACACCUGAGCACUCUGGGUCCAUCACCUUCCCAAUCUCACUCAUGCAGCCGGCGCCAAGAGGAACUCCGAUUCAGUGUUUUAUUAAAAGGGACCGAGCAACAUCAACAUACCGUCUCUACCUUGGAUUGACCCCCGCUAUGUCGUCAAGAACCAGUAAACUUUUAUUGGCAGCAAAAAGGAGCAAAAGAGCAACAAGAACAGAUUUCUUGAUAUCCUUAUCAGGGCAUGAUUUCUCUAGCAAGAGUAAUAAACUAGUUGGCAAACUUAAGUCAAAUUUCCUCGGCACCAAGUUCGCUAUCUGCGAAAGUCAACAAGUCUCUUCUUCAUCCAAAAAGAAAAAGAAGCUGCAGCCAGCGAGAGUUAGCAUGAGUAAGGUGGGCAACAUAUCUUAUGAACUCAAUAUUAUACAGAGUAGAGGUCCGAGAAGAAUGAAAUGUGCUUUCGACAAAAUCCCCAUGUCUGCUAUUAAGGAAGGUGGCAUUGCCCCCACCCCGACAAAAUUUCAAUGUCCUGAUACAGGUUCAGAACUUGAAGAGCCGCUUGUUCUUAGAAACAAAUCUCCCAGAUGGCAUGAACAGUUGCAGUGCUGGUGCUUAAAUUUCAAAGGAAGGGUUACAGUUGCCUCUGUUAAGAACUUUCAGCUAGUUGCGUCUCCUGAGCCUUAUCAAGAUAUUUCUGAUGAAGAACAAGAUAGAGUUAUUCUACAAUUUGGGAAGAUGGGAAAAGACUUUUUCUCAAUGGACUAUUGCUAUCCACUCUCGGCUUAUCAAGCUUUCGCAAUCUGCUUAAGCAGCUUUGACACUAAACCCGUAUGCGAAUGAAUGAGCUCAUCUUCAGUUUCAUCAUCGGUGCGACCUUUUUUUCUUUUUUUUGUCUUUUUGUUGUAAAAAAGAAGGAAAUGACUACAAUUAUUGUGUCUCGUCCAAGGGUUUGUUGUUAAAUAACAUUUUGUAGUCAUUUCCCCUUAAUGGGGAGGCAAAAGUUUCAUAUGCCAUUAUGGGUUUGAACUUUGUAACUGCAUCUUGAGUGAGGAUCAAGAUUGCUUUGUCUAAUAUGGAGAUUUUACUUAUUGUCUCAAUUGGGCAAUGCAUCUAUUCCUCUUGGCUUCAAGUUAAAGGAAACUUGUAUAUUUUGGUCUCGACUAAGAUUCCUUCUUUUGUUAUUCUGC